AUGGAGUUGGGUAAAUGGGCGUCAAACAGUUCGGCUAUCGUGGAAGAUCGAAGAUCGAAAGAGUUCGCUGUCGAAUGGGAUGAGGCAGUUUCUGCUUUGGGCCUAAAAUGGACGCCUUCAGGCGACUCGUUUCGUUUCAAGGUUAAGGUUCCAGUUGCUCCGAAAAUUGUGUCAAAGAGAUCGUUUCUGUCAGAGAUUUUGAGGUUGUUUGAUCCACUUGGUUGGCUGUCACCUGUAUUAGUCAGGGCCAAUCGCAUGUUCCAGGAUUUGUGGAUUAAUGGUAUCGACUGGGACUCACCUCUCACAGGAGAAUUUCUAGAUCAGUGGCAAACGUUGAGGUCUGACCUUCCUGAACUGGCUCAGUUGCGCAUUCCUCGUUGGUUUGGCUCUUCCUCGCAAACAUCAUGGGAGUUGCAUGGAUUUUCUGACGCAUCUCAGAGAGCUUUCGUCGCUGCAGCGUAUAUGGUAAUACCAGGGCAGAAAUCGGCGUUGAUUAUGUCCAAGACUAAAGUAGCUCCUAUUAAGACGGAGAGUUUGCCUCGAUUGGAGUUGUGUGACUCGGUGUUGUUAGUUAGAUUGUUGAAGCACCUUUUAGAUGGACUUUUAUUGAAGCCUGUAUCAGUGCACUGCUGGACAGACUCGAAGGUAGUUUUAGAUUGGUUGAAUGGCCACCCAUCGAGAUGGCAGACUUUCGUGGCAAACAGAGUUGCUGUCGAGAAGAAGGUUGACGAGAAUCAAGAAUCACAAGCGCUGUCUUAUUUGGAGAAGUUUUCGAGUUUUCCAAAGAUGUUGUGGAUUUUGGCUUGUGCUUACAGGUGGCGUUCGAAUGCGGUCAAGCCCAGAGGAAAUCGCUGCAUUGGUCAUUUUACUGCUGAGGAGAUGGAGGCUGCUCGAGUCGGUCUGAUUCGUUAUGUGCAAAGUCAGCACUACGAAGAGGAAUUGCGGUAUCUCAGAAGUAAACAACGGUUGUCAUCUCGCAGUCACUUACUGCGACUUGUACCAUUUAUUUGUCCACAGGGUCUGCUCCGAGUUGGAGGCCGAUUGCAGCAUUCGUUCUUGCAGUACGAUGAGAAGCACUCGAUUAUACUGCCAGCAUCUAGUAUUAUAGUCAAGAGGUUGAUUGAGGAGGUACAUCGUCAGACUCUUCAUGGAGGCGUUCAGCUGAUGCUCAGUUCCCUCAACAGGACAUGUAUUCGCUACACUGCUCAGAGUGUACAACAGCAAAUGGCACCGCUUCCAUCAUAUCGAGUUACUUCCCAGCGAGUUUUCGCAUACACCGGUCUGGACUAUGCGGGACCGUUUCCAAUAUUGUUCUCCAAGGGCAGAGGUGCCAACUCUACAAAGGGAUAUAUAGCGAUCUUUGUGUGUAUGGUUGUUCGAGCCGUUCAUAUUGAAGUUGUGUCAGAUUUGUCCACUGCUGCGUUUCUAGCAGCGUUUCGCAGAUUCACCGCUCGGCGUGGACUUUGUAAGAUAGUAUUUAGUGACAACGGCACCAACUUCAAGGGCGCUGCCACAGACAUUGACAAGUUAUUCCAACGGGCUUCAUCAGUAUCGCAGGAGGUGGCUGCAUUGGCGAAGGACGGUAUAGUAUGGUCUUUUAUACCUCCUAGAGCUCCUCAUUUCGGAGGACUAUGGGAGUCGGCAGUGAGAACUUUUAAGCAUCACUUCAAACGUGUCAUUGGAGACACGUCAUUAACGUUCGAGGAAAUGUCGACAGUUGCUGCUCAGAUCGAAGCAUGCUUAAAUUCUCGGUCGCUCUGCCCGCUGAGCUUUGAGUCCACUGAUUCGGUGGCGCUUACGCCUGGUCACUUUCUUGUGAAUGCUCCUCUCAAUGUAUUACCCGAGCCCUUUGAAGACGUGAAUUUAAAAUCUCGCACUUGCAGGUGGAAGCUACUCUCGGUUAUGAGAAACCAUUUCUGGGAGCGAUGGCGACUGGAGGUAUUGCAUCAUUUAGAGCAGAGAAACAAGUGGCUGACUCCUGGACGACAGUUGGUCGUGGGCGACUUGGUGCUUCUCAAGGACGAGCUCUGCCCUCCAUCCAAGUGGCCACUGGGUCGAAUUACAGCGGUACAUCCAGGGAAAGAUGGUCUAGUUCUAGUUGUUACCAUCCGUACUGCCAAUUCCGAAUUCCAACGACCAGUUGUGAAGGUCAUCUUUCUGCCCUCAGACAAGAGUGCGCAGAGGGCAGUCUCCAGCCUUCAACCUGAGUCCAGUCAAGACUGA